ACCAUAGUUUUGGUUUAUGAGGGUUAUUCAAGCCAGUUAUGGAUGAUGGAUAUAUGCCACGUUGUAGUGUACAAGCGUCAAGGGCGUGAGCAAGAAACAGGAACUGAUACGAACCACACGCGCCCCUUGAGAUUUGGCACCGGAAGAAGCAGAGGAGUUCUUUCAUCUCAUCGUAUCAUGAAGAGGGGACGAUCGUCAAUAGAAAGGUAUCAUAGCGGAGAUACUACCCUAUCCGAUACAGAAACUACGAGAGAUGCGAGGAUUUCCAUGCGCACACAACCAAACGACGCGACUAUCCUUAUGGUCCAAAUCGAGGGUGGCGUAAAUGAUCGAGGCACCUCUGGCACCUACUACCAUAUUGAAUAUGUCGAGCAAUCAAACUAA